AUGAAUGGAAUGAACCACCUGUUCGUAAAGGUGGACAUCGGCGAGGGGGUCGAAGCUGUCAACUUCGGCAGUCCGCACGAGCUCUUGAGCGAGUUUUGGCCACUCCUUCGCUGGGCUGCCUCCUCCUCGGACGAGAUCGAAGACGGCCUCCUGUACCGCUGGAUGAAGGACGCCAGCGACUACGGCGCCAGCUUCUCGAAGAGCAACAAGUUUUUCAAGCUCGUGGCGGGCGAGACUGUUGCAAAGGCAAGGCCGGUGCGGCGGCGACCGAGGCUGCCAAAUCGGUCACCCUGCGCGCCGAGAAAAGUGCGUGUGUUGUGUUGA